AUGCGACGCCAUGCGACGGGCACGACCUCAUGCUCUGGUCCAGACUCUGAGCUCCGGUGCCGCAUCACACACUCGCAAGGCCAUCUUCGGCCAACACAUCUCGCAUCCAGUGCCCGCGCCGUCUCCGUCCUGCGCCAUAUCAACAUCCCGUUUGGCCAGCACACCAAGGGCCACAGCCGAGGCCUGAGCGCAUGGGGUGCCCUGGGGGCAACUGCGCUCUGCAACAACGGCUCCUCGCUCACCGUCCCCGAGUACGCGAGACCCCCAGCAUCACGUACUCUGUCGUCGAAUCACUUGUCUAUGUUCGAUUCGACGACAGAGUACAUGCCUGGCAUCUCGCCAUAUCUUGACCGCAUGGCGAUCAUAUCCAACAGCUCGUUCGCCUUUGUCUCUGUCCUCUGCCGCCCCGGGAGCGCGCAGACGGCGACGACCGUCUCGUCGCAGGAAAUGGACCACAUUAUCGAGGGCGGCCAUCUACGGUGCGAACAACUUGCCCGACAUGCCACAGUCGACCGUUACCGCACCUGCGACGCUGUGCUCGAACGCGUACAUAGCAGCUGGGCGUGA